GGCUACAUGUUUAUACGUGGAAACAAACCCCAUUCACGCACAAACUCAUCCGCCAACCUAGGUAGGUACUCGGUACAUCUCUCCUGCAACUUGCUAUUUAAAUGAAUUUUAUCCUGGAGAAUAUUUCAAGAUGCGCCUUGUCUGCGUGAAUGAUUCUGGGGAGGUGGAAGAGAUUACCGACGCUAUCGCGACACAGCCUUCUCAGACUCAAUCUUUGGUGUUAGACUCUGUGUUCUCAUUCAUCCAGCUUCGUCCAGACACCUACGACCUUGUUAUUGCAGAACAUAAUAUCCGUAAGGCACUACUCGAAUUUCAAGGUCACCAGGAACGAUACGUGAGAACCUAUAUUCUUACACGGUCUCUCGAUACCCGCGUGGAGAAAACACCGAGGGGGAACCUGAUCCACACUUCGUUUAAACAUGGCGGCCCCAUAGCGCUUCUUGCUAUCUUUUACGCUACUUUUGACGCGCACCGUAACCUUUGCAACCGCGAGACCCUCGAUUACUUCCUAAAUAAGGCCUCUGAGGAAGACAAGCUCGCGUUGAUUCAUAGAACCAACACAUUUCCCUGUAGCCCUUCCGCAAUCGACUGGCUCGAACGCAUCUUCAACAAAUUUGACUCAGACGCUCAGACGCUUGCAUGCAUUCUGCAAUGGUUAGGUACAUCUAACAUACCAGCAGACGUUUUUCGCCGAGCUAGAACGCCUUCCUUACACUGGGAGCGAGAUGGCGAGGCAACUGGUGCUUCCACUCGCAUCGUCUCUCUAGUCAUAGACGAGGAAAAGUUGGUUACAGCCAGUCAGAACCUAGAAUACCCUGGGUUCGUUAAAUUGAAGCCUUCCGUAAUAGAUAUGAACAAGCGUGUAGCUGAGCUUCUCAAGCAUCGUUUACAAACUACCACUUGGCUCCCAAAGGUGGCUAAAAUUGUCUUCCACUCAAUACCUAAAUACGUACCAGCAGGGCCCGAGGAGAAUUGUGUCUCGAAAUGUGAGGCUCUAUUACCCCACGUCGCACUCAUUCUUGGCCACCUAGACGAUACGCAGCUUGAAGUCCUCCUAAACCAGAUGGAACUUAGCGAAGUAGUCGAGGCGUGUUUGUCUAUAUCUUAUUUUCGCGAUAAAAACUGGAAAAUGCAAGCCGUAUCGAUUGCCACACGUGCUAUAAAGGCCUCGCCAGAAGACGCUGCCAUCAAAACAUUACUCCAGUCUAGGGUGGAUGGAAGGAGGUGUUUUCUAUCCAUCUUAUUUCCGGACAGCAAUAUCAACGAAAACUUAGACCAAAUCAACAUUCCUGUAGUUGACCGACGCACCAAAGCCUUUGCGGCAGAACUAGCAAUAGUCAAGGCCCGAAACUGUGUACGCCUGAAUCAGUUGCCAUCUGCCCUCAACCACCUUGAGAACCAUGUUGGCCCGACUGAUACCCCCUCUUCGACUCAAGAAACCACAUGGAAGCAUCGCACAAAUCUCAUGCGUGCCAGAAUACUGCGCUUUAAAGGACAUUUUCAACAGGCUUACGAUAUCCUAGUGACUUUACCACAAUCUAUGAGUUCAAUAUGGAUGUUGCUUAGCAUCGUGCUUUGCGAGCUUGGUAGAUAUGAUGAAGCGAUAGAGACGCUUCAAAGACGCAUUGAAGCUUCCGGGAAAACCAGACUACGAGCUUGGCUCGGGCUGGCCCAUGCAUAUUUCUUAAAAUGCGUUCAUGCAUUACUGAAAGAGCAAGCCGUUGAUCAAGUUUCAUUACAAACGUCGGGCAACAUCUAUGAGGAUCUUAGUCGUGACUACACACAGAGUAAUUAUUUCGAGAAGAUGGACUAUCUCUCAAUUCUAAUGGGACUUGCGGCGAUCAAGCAUAUGAGCGGCCAGGUCAGCGCUGCUAUUACUGCGUGGACGAAAGCACUCUCCACCUCGACGAGAUGGCUCUCGUCUGGUUAUACGGAUAUGAUAAUUUCGUAUUCUCUAUGCGAACUUGAAUCACGGGAAGGAUGGAAUGCUUGGGCGGAAGCUCACAGGGGGCAAGCGAGUGUGUCAUUCUCAAUGACGGGGCGCCAUCAUCAUUUUCCCGGUCUGGGAUCCUUGUGGCCUGAUAUCAUUGGGAAAUGGCUUUCUUCCCGGGGGCAAGAUCCGGUUGUCCCUUUCUCAACCGACUACCUGAACGAACAGCCCAGCAUUAUUGCACCUGUCAACCGUCCGGUAUCGUGUAUGUCAGCUGAAGAAAUAGCUUUGAAGGCCCUGAGGGUGCAAAUGGAUUGAUCGUUGGCCACGGCGUUUCAUUCGUAUCCGCCCUAAAACCAUGCUGGCCAAAAUCACUUCUGGCUCAUUACUUGAAGGGUCCAUUUUUACAGGGCGUGGGGCACCCAGUGAUGGGGGGGGUGUAAAU